CGCAGUCGCCCGGACUGCGCUACAUGUGAAUGUGCCAACGGAGAACGCAUAUGCGCAAAUUCCCAUGACAAAUGCGAAUGUAUUCACGGAUUUCUCUACUACAAAGACACCGAUGGGUGCCCCCGACGUGCAAGCGAAUGCAACACGCCUGACUGGCACAAGCACUUUGCAAACAACAGCGGAUGCCUUCUCUGCGAAUGCAGCCAAUCCAGUUGCGCUGUUGGUACAAAGUGCCACUGCAGAGAUGGUGUCGUGUACCCCGAAGACGACCCUGUCAAUUGCGUAGGGUCGCGACAGGACUGUUUUAGAAGGCCACGAAAGAAGCACAAUUUUUGGAAAAUGAAGGACGCCAAUCAACGAUGUGCUAGCUGUGAAUGCCCCAACGGCAAGCAGGAGUGCACAGGUUACCAUGCGAAAUGUUACUGCUCUGAAGGAACUCUUUACUAUAAAAACAGCAGCUGGUGCGCUCAGUACGAAGAAGAGUGCGAUCUACCUGACUGGCACAAGCACUUUGCAAACAACAGCGAAUGCCUUCUUUGCGAAUGUGGCCGAACCAGCUGCGCUGUUGGUAGAACGUGCCACUGCAGAGAUGGUGUCGUGUACCAAACGAACAACCCUAUCAAUUGCGAAAAGUCGCGACUGGAAUGUUUCAGAAGGCCACGAAGGAAACACCAUUUUCGGAAAAACAAGGCCUCCAGUGGUGGGUGUGCUAAGUGCGAAUGUCCCAAUGGUGAGCAGGAGUGCAAAGGUUACAAAGCGAAAUGUGACUGCGUUGAAGGAAUUCUUUUCUAUAAGGGCAGCAGCUGGUGCGCUAAGAACGAAGAAGACUGCGAUCGACCGGACUGGAAAAUGAAGGACGCCAAUCAACGAUGUGCUAGCUGUGAAUGCCCCAACGGCAAGCAGGAGUGCACUGGUUACCAUGCAAAAUGUGACUGCUUUGGAGGAACGCUUUACUAUAAAAACAGUAACUGGUGCGCUCAGUACGAAGAAAAGUGCGAUCAACCUGACUGGCACAAGCACUUUGCAAACUACAGCGAAUGCCUUCUUUGCGAAUGCGGCCGAACCAGCUGCGCUGUUGGUACAACGUGCCACUGCAAAGAUGGUGUCGUGUACCAAACAAACAACCCUAUCAAUUGCGUGAGGUCGCGCUUGGAAUGUUUCAGAAGCCAACGAUUUGGACACUUUAUCCGGUAUGAAUUUACACUUUUCUUUCUUCAUGUCUCUAAUCUUGCUAAAACAGAUGCAUUAAUAAUCUAA